AUGACACAUCAAGGCCAGCUCAAUGAGAAUAUCUGCGCUAACUCUCUCUUCUACUACGAAAGCGUCAACAUCACCGAGUCUCAGCUCGCCUUCCGAGCCCCCGGAAACAGGGAGAAACUGGGCCAGCGGCUUAACUACCAGCAGUACGGCUACGGAUCCAUCGAAAAGUUCUUUGCGAUCCGGAGCGGCCGUAGGGUACAGUCUUUCAGGUCGGAGGAUUUGACAAAGCUUGGGUACAAUAAGAUUGCGGCUAUGUUCUCGGUUGCUCCUGUUACAUCCGUUAUGUCGACGACGAAUGUGCCUCCUCAAAAGAAGCAUCGGUUCACGAGCCAGGUUCAGGAUCAGGCGACGAUCGAGGUCGUUGAGAUCAUGAUACUUUCACUGGAUGAUGAAGCGAAGAAGCUGAGGGAAGAGCUCAUGGCUGAAAAAACGGUUCUAUCAAAGACUGUUGAUAACGAGCUGAGACAAGUGACUUGGAGUUCCUGCGAGCACUGA